UAAUUAAGGACUUGGAAGCUUGAAACAAGCUAAAUGCUCUCACGUUAAAACUGCCUUGUAAGAAGAAUUAUCUUGUCAGCAUAAAAACUGCAGUCUGAGUAAAAGCUGUGUUUGUUGUGUUGAAGCCCAGAGCAGCAGCAGAGAGCAGGCUCCCCUGGACCCAGCUGUGUCUCCAUGAAGAGUGACCACUCUAUGGGUCUACCUGUUGGGUUUAACGAUGGAAAUCAACCUAUUGAGAAGAGAAGAGUCCAGCAGCAGAGAGCAGACUCUCCUGGACCCAGCUGUGUCUCCAUGAAGAGUGACCACUCUAUGGGUGUACCUGUUGGGUUUAAAGACGGAAAUCAAUCUAUUGAGAAGAGCCCAGAGCAGCAGGAGAGAGCAGGCUCCCCUGGGCCCAGCUGUGUCUCCAUGAAGAGUGGCCACUCUCAACCUCCUGACCUGAAAGAUGGACGCCCCUCCAGAGAGGAGAGACACCAGGAGAGGUCAAAGGCUACCAGUGCUCAGUCUGAACAGCAGCAUCAAACAGAGCUGAUCAAGAGGGCUGAGGAAAACGCACAUGCUUUCCUAGAUAAGGAGCUGAAGAAGCUCUGGAAGGAUCUCUUCUCAGAUUACCCACAAUGCUCAGAGGGUCAGAGGGAGGAGGAGGAGUUGGAUGCUAAGAACGAGGAGCAGAGGAGGCGUGCGAUAGAGGGAGUGGUGGACAUCACAAAGCUCUGCCUGAUGGAGAUGAACCAGGAGGAACUGGCCGACACACUGUGGGGCGGUAAGAGACUCUUAUUUUGAAAACAGAGGAGACAAUUAUUUUGAAGCUCAGAAGACUCUUAUCUUGAAAACAAUGAAAAUGUAUAUUAUAAAGAGUAGUAUGAGACUCUUAUUUGUUCUGUUCAGACUAAAUAACAUAAUAAAAUUUAGUGUUAAGAGAUUUCUUCAUUUAUAAUUCAUCAAUGUGGAGAUAUCUUUCUUCUUGGGGGUUUAAUGGUUUGAUCCAGACACGAACGGUUAUUGUGGGUCGAUCAGGUUGAAUGGUUUGAUCCAGAUAUGUAGGGUUAUUGUGGGAGUAUCAGGUUAAAUGGUUUGAUCGUUAUGCAGGGUUAUUGUGGGGGUUUCAUGUUAAAUGGUUUGGUCCAGAUACGAACGUUAUUGUGGUUCGAUCAGGUUAAUGGUUUGGUCCAGAUAUGUAGGGUUAUUGUAGGAGUAUCAGGUUAAAUGAUUUGAUCCAGAUAUUCAGUGUUAUUGUGGGUUUAUGAAGUUAAAUGGUUUGAUCCAGAUAUGAAAGGUUAUGGUGCGUCCAUCAGGAUAAAGAAUGUUAAACAAUAAAUGCCAAAUCAACAGUUAUUUAACUAUAAGUGGAAUAAGUGGAAGAGAUGCAGCACUAUCUUGUUUUAUCAGCAUAUGAAGUUAAUUUCAACUGAUUCACUAUCAUUGUUAUUAUCAUUAGACCAAUGAUUUUUCUGUGUAAAUAACAAACAAAAAAGAAAAAAAUAUGUAUCCAUUCCUUGUUACGACCAGCUUCUCGAACCACAAGUAAUGAAGUCAGUAAAUACUAUGAAGUUGAUCAUUUUUCAGGAAAUAUUAACAUGCUUCAAGUGAUGUCACCAUCCACUAU